UAGCAUAGCAUAACAUAACCCAUGUUCUCUUCACUUUCAACUUCAAUUUCUCUCUCUCUCUCUCUCUCUCUCUGUUUUUUUGAUGUGUGAGUGCAUGAAAAUCCGUGUUGAUUACAACUGCACAGAUAUUUCCUUCCUUCUCCCAUAAAUAAAUACUCCGAAUAAUUCUCUUUUUCCAUCUGCCUCACUCCUUUUUUUAUUUUUUUUAUUUUUAACUUGAGAGCCGAGAUCCGAUCCGGCCACCGCCGCAUCUACUCGACGUCGCCGCCGUCCGAUUUCCGACGACAUGCUCAGAUCCUUGGCCAGAGAGAUCAAGAUUAUCGGCUACGAUCUCUUCGGAGGCAGAGGCCGCCGCGUGAGGUCGUUUUCUUCAGGUUGCAGCAGUAGAAGGCUGGAAGGCAAAGUAGCACUGAUAACCGGGGCAGCAAAUGGGCUGGGCCGGGCAACAGCCCAAGAGUUUGUCGACCACGGGGCCCACGUCAUCAUUGCCGACAUUGACCUCGAGCGGGGCCCACAGGUGGCGGAGGAGCUGGGCCCCGCCGCGAGGUUCGUGCAAUGCGACGUGGCGAAGGAGUCGGAAGUUGCAGCCGCCGUGAACUUCGCCGUGGCCCACCACGGGAAGCUGGACAUUCUGCACAACAACGCCGGAAUAACCGGGGCGGCGGUCCCUCCGAGCAUCGCCGAUCUCGACCUCGGCGAGUUCGACCGAGUCAUGAGCGUGAACGUCCGGGGAGUGGUGGCCGGAAUAAAGCACGCGGCCCGAGUGAUGGUCCCGGCCGGGUCCGGGUCCAUCCUCUGCACAUCCAGCAUAAGUGGGCUUUUGGGCGGGCUGGGCCCACAUCCGUAUUCCAUAUCCAAACACGCGAUCCCGGGAAUAGUGAGAUCGGCGGCGAGCGAGCUGUGCCGGAGCGGGGUCCGGGUGAACUGCAUAUCGCCGGCGCCGGUGGCGACGGAGAUGGCGGUGAGCGGGAUCGGAGAAAUGUACAGAGGCGUUAAAAGAGAAGAGAUAAUUGGAAUAAUAAAUGGGCUUGGGGUACUGAAGGGCGCAAAAUGCGAGGAGAUCGACGUGGCGAGAGCGGCUCUGUUUUUGGCCUCCGACGACGCCAAAUACAUCACUGGUCACAAUUUGGUGGUCGACGGCGCCUUCACCUGCUUCAAAAACCUCGAUUUCCCUUCCCUCCCCUAGACAAACGCCACGUGUAGAUACCAAACAUUUAAAUAAAUCAGCUAAAAUUAGUCUCUUAAAUUUUUAUAA